AUGCUUUGGAUAUCACCCAACCGGAGGGGUAAUGCAUCGUCUUUCGCGAGCUGUACCAUAAAUGAGCACGACCCACUAUGGCUGCGAAUCGAGGCUACAGCAACGGAGAUAAGCACGAAGACGAAUACAGCGUUGUUUCAGAGACAAGGUCCUCGGACGAAUGAACUUGAUCACAAGUUCUCGGUUUUUGAACCGGAACCGGAACCUUAUGGAGUGUUACCUGGGAUAGAAGAGGUGCUCUUUAGUCCCGCUUACAGCGCGAUUGAUGUGAGAUCGGAACCGGAAGAGAUAGAAGGGAAUCAGGAUGAGAAUACAUGCUGUUUUGGAGAUGAACAGUCUCAGGAAGAGGUUUCGCGACAGAAGGUCUCUCAGAAUGCUCCAAUUGAGAAUAAAGUGACGACAGUAAACGAAAACCACGAACCAACGAUUAUCGUUGACGAGUCUCCCCGAGAAGCGCACGAACCGGAACAACAUGGCCACGAUGGAACAAAUGCCCCGACUGCAACAGACAAGGAAAAAGAGGCAUCGAAUGAAACUGGACAGAAUAAUAAGGGACAACCGGACGCCAACGAUGAUGCGCCCGCAAUCGCAGCUUCUGAGCAGCAGACCGAGAUUACGGAGAGUCCACCGCAGGAGCGAGAGAUUAUCGCCGACGCAACAAAUAUUUCGAACUUAUCGGACAAUGAGAAAGAGGCAUUGCAUGAAUGUGCGCAGGAUAAUGAAAAAAGUUUGGAUAUCUACGACAAUGCGGCCGCUAUCACGGCCCCGACACGGCAAACCGAGCCCGUUGAGGUUUCACCCCAGAAACGAGAAAUCAUCGUCGAUAACGGUGAUAAAGCUAUAUCGGGCAGCUAUCCGUUAUUCGAACUUCUUUCUCUAUCGACCACUAGUGGUAGUAUAAGCGUGGCUAUCGUGCCGCAGCCGGCUGACCCUAUGAACCCCAAUGAACCGGCUAGAUUACGGAUACGGUCACAGUCGGGGGAUGUCUCUGUUUGUUUCACGGCGCCAGCAGAGGCGUUUCUCCCAGGGAUGAGAACGCAAAUGGAGAUGGUUGAAUGUGCAGAGUAUGGAAAUGGCAACCGCUACGACAAUCCGCACACCCUUCCGCUCCGGCCAUACGAGAUCGAAAUCGAGUCUGAUAGUGGCACUAUCUCCGGACGCUUAAUCGUCUCUAUAUCUGUGCAUCUUUCAACCAAGAGCGGCAGUAUCAGCACAACCCUCAUCCCGAUCGCUUCUGACACAGUGCAAAACGUAUCCAUCCUCACUCAGACAAGAUCCGGAAGUCAACAGAUCCACCUUACAAAUCCCGUCUAUAUGUACAACUCCCAACGAGACGUAUCAAAUUCGAGUACAACCCGGGCGCCUGCAGCCCAUUUCAGUCACGGUGGAGGCAGUAUGCAGAUUAGGUAUCCGCCUGAUUGGACCGGGAUUGUGCGUGCACCGCCGGGGUGUGGGAGUGUUAGUCUGGUUGGACAGGGAAUGAGCGUUGUCCGGCGAGAAGAUGGGUCUGUAGAGGGAUGUAUAAGCGGGAGGGGAGAUUGGUGGGGAGCAUCGGGUAUGGAUGUUUCUUUGGGGUCGAGGGGGGCUGCAAUGUUUUAUGUUGGGUGA